UUUAGAAUUCGCUUCUAUUAACAUGAAUAAUAAAGUUAAGUGCCUGACUUGAGAGAAAGUAAACACGGCGAUGCUAUUUUGUCUUGUUAACCUCAAGGAAGUUCUAUUUUGAUUYCAUAAUAUUAACAUCCUUCAUAGAAAACAUUGAAAAAAAAAACUUUUAGUUAACAAAACAGCGAAACAGGCUGUGUGGGAUGUGACUGACAAGUGAGAGCCCUCAAGCAAGAACUUACAGACUUUUGAAAGUACUUUAAGUAAAUAGUGUUGAUUCGGUUUUGCGCAUGCGCUGGAUGAUCCAAAAAUGAGUCAACCAAUAGUGUCGAGCGUACUACUUUUAUAUGGCACUUGUAUGGUCACUGUCAUGGAAUCCCAAGCUCUGACAACCAACGAAAUCAUAGCAGACCUCGAAAAUUUACAACAGAAAGCCGACCAUUUUUGGAACUUUGAAGAACAGCCUUUCAAGGACGAAAAAACAGACAAUCAGAUAUCGAUAACAGGAAAUCUGACAACCACUUUAUCGCCCAUUGGCGACCAAGCCAUUUCUAUUCGAGAUUCCAAGUCAAGAGUUGAUUUAAACAUUACGCUUGGUAAUAUGUCGUGCCUGCAAGAYCCAUUUACAUGUUCCAGCGGUCUCACAGUAGCUAUGGUGAUUAAAAUUGGUGAUGGUUUUUCAAACAAUGAGAUUUUUGGACCUUGUGGAGUUGUAGGAGCUGUUUGUCCAGGAGUGCAAGUUCUAUAUCGGAACUUUAGACUUUUCGUGUACAUAAAUGGUCAAAACAAAAGCUGUUCCUGUAAGCUUUUCCUCCAGAGAUAUCGUUGGCAAUACUUGGCGUUUACAUGGGAUCCCACAARCGAAAAACUCCAAGUCUAUCAAGAUGCUUCUCCCCAAACAAACCCAAAGAGCUACGAAUGCAAAAGCACAGUGGUAAAUGGAGGUUUAGCGCAGAAGUACUAUUUGGGUAGCUAUUCAGAUUUAUGGACAUUCUACGGCGUACUAGGGAUAUGGAACUCUGUUCUUCCCUUAAAAGGCUCAUUAGAACGAGUGUGGGACUUGAUGAUAGAUAAUGGAGGAAAUACGACCCUGGAUUUGCUUUUAAAUAUUCCUGGAAAACCUUGGACAGACGAUUAUGGAACCAAAAAUAGCAAUUGGUAUCUUGAGUUGAAGAAAGAGCUCGAGACCGCUAUCAAACCACAAGAUACGAAAAAAUCGAAAUACAUUUCUACAGAGUUACAUUCACUAAGCAAAACUACACUGACAACAGGGGAUAUAGUAACCGCUCUGGUAAGAGUGAUAUAUUCAAGAAUUGGCGAAUACGAAGGAUACUACUUACAGAAAGCCAUAGAAGAAUAUAUGAUAAAUAAUAAAAGUCUAGAGAUUAUAAACUGUGCGGCUGAUGAUAACUUUUUCUGUGAAAUUCCAUCCUUUCAUGGACUUCAACAUGGAGACGAUCCUGGCAGUCUGAAGGUCGUCUUUCAAGCUAAUUACGCCGGGUUAAUUGAAAACAAUUUCUAUAAUAAACACUAUUUUGCGUAUGAAAUCGAACCAAAUAAAAUUGAAAUGACACAAACAAGAGAAAGUGCUUAUUCCCGGAAUAUGACUAAGCUGGUAUCAAACCAGUUUGCACCGUACACAAAUUACUGUGUUCAAAUAGGGGCAUCAAGCUUUAAGGCCGGYGGCUUCUUUUCGAAACCAAAAUGCAUGGUAACUGCCGAGUCAGUCCCCAGUGUCGCUCCAACAAUCAUUGAAGCAAACGUCACCAAUCCAAGUUCUAUUUCAAUAACAUGGAACCUGACAAGUGGGUGGAAUGGGAAGCCUGUGGGAUUUCAUAUCCGAUGGGGGAAUGGUCACCAGGUGAAUGUCAGUUCUAAUGACACCACAUACACCAUCACUGGCCUGCAAGGUGGCAUUAUGUACAAUAUCAGUAUUAGUGGGAYCACUAAAGUUGGUGCUGGGAAAGCCGCUUUCAUCAAUAUCACCACUCCCAUUGGACCUCCAACUGGUUUUCCCGCCAACAUAAACCUGUUUAACACAAGUCAUACCAGUUUGAAUGUYACGUGGUCUGAUAUCCCCCAAUCACAGCAAAAUGGCUUGAUCCGGGGAUACAAAAUAACAUUACAUGACGUUCAGGAGAAUAAAACAGUUGCAAUCACAUUUGUGUGCUCUACCACUAAACAAUGGCAAUUCGACAAUCUAAAACCGUACUACAAUUACAGUGUGAAAAUUCUUGGUUCCACAAAAAUGGCGGGACCAGACAGUCCUUUUGUACAUGCAAUGACCGACGAAUCUGUUCCCAUAAUUCCACCUGCCAAUCUUCACGGAAARAACCUAUCAUAUGAAAGUCUCUAUGUCACGUGGGACUUGAUGAACACUAGCGAUUAUCGUGCCAUCCAAGGGAUUUUACUGGGUUAUUCUCUUAGAAUAACAUGGCUAGACAAUGAUAUCAACCACACGAAUAGAAAAUACAAUUUAUGCAACAACUCAAUAAGUAUUCGUGACYUAUGGCCGUAUUCCUUGUACAACAUCUCUGUGGCGGGUUUUACUCGAUAUGGCGACGGAUCCUGGAGUAGUAUACAACUACGAACCGAGGGAAAAGCUCCAUCAAAACCGCCGUCAUCARUCGUAGCACACAACCUCAGCUCCGACAAAAUACGAGUGGACUGGGAAGAAGUAAACGGUUCAUUCGCACAUGGCGACAUUUUAGGUUAUAAGCUUACAUUGAUCGACAMGGGUAACAUCUUAUUUAGGAGAAGCAAUGAUGAAAAUGCCAGUGCCACCUUUUCGAUAUUCGAUGGUCUUAAGGAAUACACUAUGUAUUCGAUUGAGGUUUUGGCGUAUAAUAAGUUUGGCGAUGGUCCUGCUUACAAAYUGUAUGGUAAAACAAAAAUGUCACCUCCCAAGCAAGCUCCGACAUCCUUGAAGGCGUGGAACACAAGCUCAACAAGUUGUGCCAUUACGUGGGAUCACGUAAAAGGAAGUCAUGUUGAAGGAUACAUCGUCUCUUAUACAAACGUKGAAAAUACAACAUUGCGUAGUAACAAAAUAACUUGUAAUAACACGUUAGAAAUACCCAACUUGGACAGAUACACCUUGUACAACAUCUCCAYCAAGGCGUUCAACCCUGCUGGCCUGGGGCCGGUAAGCRWGCAAGUGCUAUGUCGCACCGAUGAAGAUAUUCCAUCCAUGUCUCCAAUUCACAUGCAAGGCUUUAACACAAGCAAGCACAAKAUCUUCAUUUCUUGGGAUCCAGUCCCCAAAGAAAGCGCCAACGGUGUGAUAUUGGGAUAUUACAUUACCUUUAACAUAACAAACAGAACUGAGAACCAUUCACGACGAAGGCGUCGUUCAGUAGAAGUAGGAACUACAGUCACAGUACCGGUAUCRCAAGGAAACUAUACUUUUCAGAAUUUACAGCCGUACACGUGGUAUGGUGUAAGAAUUGCGGCAUAUACAACUAAAGGUACUGGGAAAUGGAGCCCUACUUUUUAUAUACGUACAGAACAAGAAGAACCUCAAAUUCCACCACCUUCUGUGUCCGGUUUCCACACGAGCUCGACGUCAAUCAAYGUCACGUGGAAAUCCAUAACCAAUGCGCAAGUCAAAGGCAUAAUGACGUCAUACAUGGUACGUUACGUCAUGUUAGAUAAGUAUGGUAACAACGUCACAGCGAGAGAGGAGAAAACUGUUCCUCAUACGCAGCAGAGUAUCGACCUGAAAAGCUUGARGAAAUACACAAACUACAGUAUAACGGUCAGCGGUGUAACGAAGGAGGUUGGGGUGGAAAGCCAGCCUGUUGUUGUCAGGACGAAUGAAGACAAACCAGACGCUCCACCACAAAAUAUUGUGCUUACUCGAGUAAGCCAUGCAAGUUUGAAGGUGACCUGGUCYCCAGUCCCCGAGCCGUUUGUUAAUGGAAUCAUACGCGGGUAUGUGUUAUAUUACAAAAAGACUAGUGACAAAACGUCAUCGCUUAGCAACGUCACCUUGACAAGCAAGAAUACGUCGUAUGUGGUAGCAAUGCUGCUCCCAUCUACAAGUUAUUCGUUUUGGUUAUGUGGGUUCACUGUGGUAGGACUAGGUGUGUUAAGUGACGUCCACAGGGGAUCUACUGAUGAGAGUGUUCCAGACAGGGCACCAGGCAACAUUACCGUCAAGAACUUGACAAGUGAUCACUCCCUGMRRAUAACAUGGUCCCCAAUCCACUACGACCAUAUUCGAGGAAUUUUGCUUGGUUACAAAAUCAUUUACAAGAGUGUCAAGUUGCCGGGGAAUGACACCGCAAGUUCUGAAGUUGUCAAGGUUACAAAACCAUCYGCGCAGUCAGCAUUAAUCGAGAACCUCCACAAUUUUGCUGUAUACGAGUUWAGGAUUCUUGGGUUUACCAUAAAAGGAGAUGGUGUCAUCAGCGAGCCUGUGUACGGAGAGACCUGCRCAUGCACCAAAACCCUCACCACAACAUACCACGUGACCAGCCCUUACGUCUCAUUCAAUCGAACAACAUCCAUGGUGGCGGGAUUAAUACCCACAAUCCUUAAGCUUAUAAUCAGAUCGUGCUGUGGGGACUGUSUUAACGGACACGGUGAAACAAACAUCGAUUUUCAACACGACUACCAUGGCAACCGUGCAGAAAAAACAAACAUUACAGAAUUCAUGCGCAAUGACGUGGCUUAUACUGAUCUGGUAUUCCCUAUAAACGGCUUCGAAGGAAAAGAGAUGCAUGGUGAAAAUGCUUUUGUUAAGCUGGUAGUAUCACCGGGGGUAGCUUUCAUCACGGUCAGCAAGAUCACCAAGUCUCGUCUUGCGACUGURCUAUUCAGAGCUCUCGCAAAUAGUGGAACUCUGAUMCUCCUCAUGUUAUCAAUAAUGUGGUUAGUGGGCAUUCUUACCUGGGCAUUGGAUACAAGAUAUAACCCCGAAACCUUUCCGCCUUCGUUCAUACAAGGGACGUACAAUGGAAUUUGGAUGGCAUUCAUAAGCAUAACCACGCUGGGUUAUGGAGACUGUGUGCCUAAAAGUAUGGCUGCCCGUAUUCUGACCAUAGCGAACGCUCUGAUGGGUUUUGUCUUGAUCUCAUUGAUAACUGCAAACUUAAGCAACGAUCUCGUAGUCACGACAGUUGUCGCAGACCAGCAAAACCUGUACAAUGCCAAAGUUGGCGCCAUAAAGGAUUCCUUUGAACACCGAGUGGGAAUACGACGGAACGCUAAAAUAGAGAAAGAUUACCACAGCUUCAAAGAUCUUCGCCWGGCAAUGAUAUCACAUGACGUGGACGGUAUACUCGUGGAUCUGUACGUCUCAGCCAAUCACCAAGAGUUAUUCAAUCUUCCGGGACUAACAGCCAGAAUAAGCAAACUUCUAAAGUAUGAUAAUAUCUACGGGGUGUCCCUCGGAGGAAGAUCAAAGAAACUACAAUUUUGCUUUAAUGAUUACAUUAAUUUUAAACGAGAGAAUGUGUUUAAGAUAAUACAGUCAGGUGUCUCUCAGCCAGAGGUUCCCAAAGGAAAUCCUGCAGACGUUAUAUCGUCUGGUCUAAUUGACUCCAAUUCCGAUAUCUUUCAAGUGACAGUCAAGUAUGGCGGAGGCUUGAUUAUCUUAUGCAAUGUUAUUGCUCUGAUCUUUAAAGUUUUUGGGCUACGAAAACGAUCCGUCACACCAGCACAACAAGCGCCUAAUCCAAGAGUGACAACGGUUAAAGAAAUGCGGCGAUUAAYCAAAGUGUUCYACAGUAGAUUCUCGAAUAUGUAUCAAGAAAUACGAGCAAGACACUUGAAAGAAAGGAAAAAGCUCCUCAAAGAACGAAGAGUAMAAACUCAAGCUAAAUAUCGCGUUGACCUGUUAGUGCUUCAUAAAAACAAAGAAAUGCAGUCUGAAUGCUAAAGAUAUAUUAUUCUAAAUUUCUCCUAACAAAAAUAUCUACAAUGGAAACGAAUACGACCUUCCUAAAAGAACAGAAGUGACUUCUGUCUCCAAACCUGUUGUCUCAUACCUGAACUAGACGUUUUGUCACCAGGCUCCCGGACACUAUUAAUUGAAAAGGAAUGGGUACUAAUUAAACCAGUUAUGAUGUCAUUCUUCCUUAUGACGUCAUUUCAAUUGUAAUCAGUGCUCACAAUGAGUCUUUGGCAUGUAUAGCAAAGKAUAAAAAAAGAGCAAGAGGACUUGAGAUGAAACUGUCCGCAGUUUUGGUAACUGUACUUUUAGUGGCAUUUCCGGUCGUAUUUGGAGUGGAGGCCAUAUGUACARACGGACCAUGCUGCAGUAGUAACGGGCAAUUCCUGUCUAAUGACACAGUUUGCCGUCCUGCCGCAAACGAGUGCGACGCGCCGGACUAUUGCACGGGUACGUCCAGCCAGUGUCAAAUUGACAUUAGUAUUAAGGAAGGAACGUCAUGCGGAAUACCAGAUGACCCAGGAAAUUGUGUUGACGGAUUUUGUUGGAAUUCUGCCAUUAAAGCUAAAGUCAAGCACUGCGAGGACACAUGCUCUAAACUAAACGGUAACUGCAGCCAAAAUGGAACAUGCGUKUGCUAUGAGCCGUGGAAAAAUCCACCUUACUGUAACAGCAAAAAUGAUUAUCACACCAACAUCAACCCGAGCAACGAAAAUGAUUUCUAUCAUGACAUGGAAAUCAUUAAUAAUAUCACUGCAAAGCGAAUGCGACGAUCUUCAGGCAACAAACAUCAUCAUGGCAAUCACCAUCACCACCACAAACCAAACGCUGUAGCACUUCCGAGGAUGGUACAAGAUCCGCCAACGGAGGAUGCGUGGACGAGAUACAGCCAAAAUCCGCUGUUUAUUCCAAUUGUUGUGACCAUURUCGCUUUUAUCAUUCUUUUGAUCUUCGGGCUUUGGGCAUCAGCSCUGUACAGGUCAGAGCUCCAAGCACGUAAAAUAAAAUCAAGAAUUAAAGUGAACAAGUCACGKCGCAAUGUCUCCAAAGACACUAGCAUUAUCAACGAUCCUUCCGUCUCCAUCGAUGUGGGACAAUAGAAAACAAGCCUCUCUACUACUCAAAGACUACAAAUGACUUUACUCUAUACUCUCUUUCUAUAAAUAUGUGUUUAGGGAAAAUGACAUUUGACUAAGAAUAUAAUCUGGAAAUGAUGUAUUACAUUACCUGCAUAUGCAGGAGCAAUAAWACAGCUCAUAAAGUAAGACUAGAA